AUGAGUAUUAACUUGAUUUCCUGUCAUAGAGAUGUGGGAGACAAUAUAACAUCCAUCACAGAGUUCCUCCUACUGGGAUUUCCCGUUGGUCCAAGGAUUCAGAUGCUCCUCGUUGGGCUCUUCUCCCUGUUCUAUGUCUUCACCCUGCUGGGGAACAGGACCAUCCUAGGGCUCAUCUCACUGGACUCCAGACUGCAACCCAUGUACUUCUUCCUCUCACACCUGGCGGUUGUCGACAUCGCCUACGCCUGCAACACGGUGCCCCAGAUGCUGGUGAACCUCCUGCGUCCAGCCAAGCCCAUCUCCUUGGCGGGCUGCAUGACACAGACCUUUCUCUUUUCCACUUUUGCUGACACAGAAUGUCUCCUCCUGGUGGUGAUGUCCUAGGAUCGGUACGUGGCCAUCUGCCACCCACUCCAAUAUUUGGCCAUCAUGACCUGGAGAGUCUGCAUCACCCUCGCGGUGACUUCCUGGACCACUGGAGUCCUUUUAUCCUUGGUUCAUCUUGUGUUACUUCUACCUUUACCCUUCUGUAGGCCCCAGAAAAUUAAUCACUUUUUUUGUGAAAUCUUGGCUGUUCUCAAACUUGCCUGCGCAGAUAGCCACAUCAAUGAGAACAUGGUCUUGGCUGGAGCAAUUUCUGGGCUGGUGGGACCGUUGUCCACAAUUGUAGUUUCAUAUAUGUGCAUCCUCUGUGCUGUCCUUCAGAUCCAAUCAAGGGGAAGUCAGAGGAAAGCCUUCUCCACCUGCUUCUCUCACCUCUGUGUGGUUGGACUCUUUUAUGGCACAGCCAUUAUCAUGUAUGCUGGACCCAGAUAUGGGAACCCCAAGGAGCAGAAGAAAUAUCUCCUGCUGUUUCACAGCCUCUUUAAUCCCAUGCUCAAUCCCCUUAUCUAUAGUCUUAGGAACUCAGAAGUGAAGAAUACUUUGAAGAGAGUGCUGGGAGUAGAAAGGGCUUUAUGA